GGCGGCCGGGCCGGGGCAGUCAUGGCCGCAGCGCUGCUCUGGAUCCCUUUCCUUGCCGGUCUCCUGGCAGGGCUGGGGCGCGCGGAGGCCCCGCAGACCACCCUGCGCCCGGCCGUGGGCCGCCUCUUCGUGCACACCUUGGACCGUGAGACCCCCCCGCGCCUCCCUGAGCACGUGGCUGUCCCGCCCACUGUCCCGGUCACCUACCACGCCCACCUCCAGGGCCACCCAGACCUGCCCCGGUGGCUCCGCUAUACCCAGCGCAGCCCCCACCACCCCGGCUUCCUCUACGGGAGCCCCACCCCAGAAGAUCGCGGCCGCCAGGUCAUUGAGGUCAUAGCCUACAACCGGGACAGCUUCGACACCACCCAGCAGAGACUAGUGCUCUUGAUUGGAGACCCAGAAGCCCCCCUGCUGCCAUACCAGGCCGAGUUCCUGGUGCGCAGCCACGACGUGGAGGAGGUGCUGCCCUCGACCCCUGCCAGCCGCUUCCUCAUAGCCUUGGGGGGCCUCUGGGAGCCAGCAGAGCUCCAGCUGCUCAACAUCACCUCCGCCUUGGACCGUGGGGGCCGUGUCCCCCUUCCCAUCGAGGGCCGCAAGGAAGGGGUGUACAUCAAGGUGGGCUCCGCCUCGCCCUUCUCCACCUGCCUGAAGAUGGUGGCGUCUCCCGACAGCCACGCUCGCUGUGCCCAGGGCCAGCCUCCGCUUCUGUCCUGCUACGACACCUUGGCAUCCCACUUCCGAGUUGACUGGUGCAACGUGUCCCUGCAGGUGGAUAAGUCAGUGCCAGAGCCCGCAGACGAGGUGCCCACCCCAGGCGACGGGAUCCUGGAACGUGACCCCUUCUUCUGCCCGCCCACCGAGGCCACGGCCCGAGACUUCCUGGCCGACGCGCUGGUCACCCUCCUGGUGCCCCUGCUGGUGGCCCUGCUGCUCACCCUGCUGCUGGCCUACGUCAUGUGCGGCCGCAGGGAGGGACGGCUGAAGAGAGACCUGGCCACCUCUGACAUCCAGAUGGUCCACCACCGCACCAUCCGAGGGAACACAGAGGAGCUGCGACAGAUGGCAGCUAGCCGAGAGGUGCCCAGGCCCCUCUCCACCCUGCCUAUGUUCAACGUGCGCACAGGCGAGCGGCUGCCGCCCCAGGUGGACAGCGCCCAAGUGCCCCUCAUCCUGGACCAGCACUGAGGGCCCGCCCAGCUCCAGCCUUGGCCUCCUCCUCCCUUCUGCCCUGACUCACGGAGCAGCCGCCACCCAGGGCCACAUCCUUCCUCCUGAUUCCGGCUCCCGGUCCGAUGGGCUCCAGGCUUGGAACAAGCAGAGAGAGGAGGGGGGCGGGCAGGUGAGGGUGUCUGGGGUCAGGGCGCCCAGAAUAAAUGCCUGCAGC